CCUCUCUCUACUCCGUAGCUCUGUUUCUUUUGGAGAGCGAGAGCGACAGCGAGAGAGAAAUGAAGGAGAUGGUGGUGGGUUCGGAGGUGGGGCGGACUGCAACGCCGCCGCCGCCUCCGCCGCAGGCGCUGCUGGAGAGGCUCAAGGACUACGGCCAGGAGGACGCUUUCGCCCUCUGGGACCAGAUCUCGCCGGAGGAGCGCGACCUCCUCGUCAAGGACAUCGAGAGCUUGGAUCUUCCAAGGGUUGAUCGAAUUAUUCGUUGUUCUCUCGGAUCACAAGGCCAUCCUUUGCCUGCGGGUGAGCCUGUCCCAGAGUCUAGUGUCUCAACAGUGGAAGAGAGAACACCUGAAGAAAGAGAGAGGUGGUGGAAGAGGGGUCUGAAAGCCAUUUCAGAAGGAAAGUUAGCUGUUGUCCUUCUGUCUGGUGGACAGGGAACUCGUCUUGGAAGUUCAGAUCCUAAGGGAUGUUUUAAUAUCGGCCUCCCAUCUGGGAAGUCACUUUUUCAGCUUCAAGCUGAGAGAAUUUUGUCUGUCCAAAGGCUUGCGGCUCAGUCCACUGAUGCACGUUCAGCAGGUAUCGUGCCAAUCCACUGGUACAUAAUGACUAGCCCAUUUACUGAUGAAGCUACACGCAAGUUUUUUGUGAGCCAUAAGUAUUUUGGUUUGGAAGCUGAUCAGGUCACCUUUUUCCGACAAGGUACCCUUCCCUGUGUUUCUAGAGAUGGUAGAUUUAUUAUGGAGACUCCAUGCAAGGUGGCAAAGGCUCCUGAUGGAAAUGGAGGACUAUAUGCUGCUUUAAAAUCUUCAAGAUUACUGGAAGACAUGGCCAUGAGAGGUAUCAAAUACGUGGAUGUCUAUGGAGUUGAUAAUGCUCUGGUCCGUGUUGCAGAUCCAGCAUUCUUGGGAUACUUCAUUGACAAAGGUGUUACUGCUGCAGCAAAAGUUGUUCGCAAGGCUUAUCCACAAGAGAAUGUCGGGGUCUUUGUCCAACGGGGUAGAGGUGGGCCACUUACUGUGAUUGAAUAUAGUGAAAUGGAUCCAUCAAUGGCUUCUGAGAUCAAUCAGACCACAGGGCGCCUUCGCUUUUGUUGGAGUAACGUAUGCUUACACAUGUUCACGCUGGAUUUUCUAAAUCAAGUAGCAAAUGGCCUUGAGAAAGACUGCAUUUACCACCUAGCUGAAAAGAAGAUUCCUUCUAUUCAUGGACAUACCAUGGGUUUGAAGCUUGAACAGUUUAUAUUUGAUGCGUUUGCAUAUGCUCCAUCAACGGCGCUAUUUGAGGUCUUGCGUGAGGAUGAAUUUGCACCAGUUAAGAAUGCUAAUGGGGCAAGUCAUGACACUCCUGAUAGUGCUCGACUGAUGCUUCUGCGCCUCCACAGCCGUUGGGUGGUUGCUGCUGGUGGCUUCUUAACACAUUCGGUGCCAUUGUAUUUAACUGGUGUGGAAAUCUCGCCUCUAUGUUCGUAUGCUGGAGAGAACCUUGAAGCUAUGUGCCGUGGAAGAACGUUUCAUGCACCAUGUGAGAUUGCAUUCUAGGUGGAGUAACUAGCAGCCAAUUUUUGAGUUGCCAGCCUUCUCCAGUAAUACAAACAUUGGAUUAUCUAUGAAGUUAACUUAAAAGUUUUUGUACAACACAAUAAGAUCCAUAAUGAGUUAUAAUGAGGUGUGUAAUUCUUAUUGCUUAUCCAGUUUUGCUGUUCAAAGUUUCCUGGUAUAUCAAGAGUUUCUUCAUUUGUUGAUAAUCGUUAAAAUCAAGUUUUAGCA